GCCGCCGACAUGCUUCGCACUUCCUCCACGGGUACUAUUUGUCUGAUUGGGGAACGAUUGUCUACCUUGAGGUUUCGUUCAUCAUCCUCCAUGAAGGCCGAAUCUCGCACCCAGCCCGCUGGGGCGCUUGGGGCUGGCCAGAGCGUCCAGAGCCCCACUAAAGCCAACACGUCAAGGCGCGUCGAGUCUCCCGUACCUCCCUCUGUGGUACCCCAUCAUCUCUGACACAACCUCCCACCAUGUGCACGAGUCCAGGACGGCACGAAGGCGAGUGGUGUGUGCACGCGCUGCCCGUCCAGUACCCUUUCCGGACUUCGUCUUCUUCCGUUUCUCGCGCCGCCGAAGUCGCUUGGAGGGGCGUUGACCCCGGACCACCCGUCAGAUGUUUCAUGCAUGUUGCCACAGGCGGGAGGGCCAGCAUUGAGGCCACCAGGAGGCAGACUGGCUGAUCUGGGCUGAUCAGGGUCCGACCCAUGUGGCACAGCGUGCCCACAGCUGCUCCGACCAGCCGCUCAACGAUGACCGACCGCCACGAAGGCAAGCAAAUGCAGACAGUCUAUUUCAUACACCUAGGAUCCUCCAUUCUCGCUACGCAGCCCGCCUGUGUCCUGUCGACGAUCCAGUCUACUCAUCCACUGACGUCUGUCGCUGUACGCCGCAUGUUGCAGACGCUGCAGCCCCCGAGGGGUCCAUCCAAUCCCCUGCUGUCUUCUCAGGCCCGACUUUUGGUCCCAGAUAUCCACGGCCCAGCCAGAUCAUCGCCCGCGCGACCGAACAGAGGCUCGCGGUCGAGGUCUUGCCGGAGCGGCAAGCGCAACUCCCGCUCGCCUGGAGGGAUUUCUAUGUUGUCCAGCUGCUCGGCAGAGGCGAGGUCGGAUGCCUGGAAGGCACGACGAUGGAGUAAUAUGGCCAGGAUCAGGACAAAGAGGCUGCGGGGAUUCGAAGAUGUUUCGGGGGGGAUGCGAGUUUUGCUGUUGCAGGUGAGCCUCCGUAGUAAACAGUUGGCCACAUAAGUCCACCCUCCGCCUCGCGACCAG